AUGGUGGCUCCUCUUGCGGGAGAGACAGCCGUGUCGGCCAAACGUGCUGAGCUGUCAGGCAAAAAUGGGUUCAAGGGCCUGAUCAGCAACAAGAAGACAACAUGUAUCGGACUUUUUGCCUCACUCGGAGGGUUGGUGUAUGGAUAUAACCAGGGAAUGUUCGCUCAAGUUCUGACCAUGCCGGCAUUCCAGGCAGCGACCCAAGACUAUGCGAAAGAAACUGGUAUUAAGCAAGGAAUGCUCACGUCUAUCCUCGAACUUGGUGCUUGGGUGGGCACAUUGGCAAACGGAUAUCUCGCCGAUGCACUCGGCCGUCGUCUGACCGUUUUGGUUGCUGUGGUGGUGUUCUGUGUUGGUGUCAUUGUUCAAGCUUGUACAGCGAGCCCAGACUAUGUCUUCGGAGGUCGAUUCGUGACGGGUCUGGGUGUUGGUAGUUUGAGUAUGGUUGUGCCGCUGUACAAUGCAGAACUGGCACCACCGGAGAUUCGUGGUUCACUUGUGGCUGUACAGCAACUCGCCAUCACCUUUGGAAUCAUGGUCAGCUUCUGGAUUGGCUAUGGAACAAAUUACAUUGGCGGUACCGGGACAACACAGUCGGAUGCUGCAUGGCUGGUCCCAGUCUGUAUUCAAAUCGUGCCCGCUGUCGCCUUGGCUGUGGGUAUGAUGAUGUUCAUGCCGCAGUCCCCCCGUCAUCUUAUGAACACCGGUCGUGAGGAAGAAUGCCUGGAAACACUGGCUCGUUUGCGUAGCGCACCCCAGGAUGAUCUUCUUGUUCGCAUUGAGUUCCUUGAAAUCAAGAGCUUGUACCUCUUCGAACGAGAGACGGCUGCCGAGAAGUAUCCCAACUGGCAGGAUGGCUCAUUUUCCAGCCGUUUCAAGAUCGGACUACAUGAUUACAUGUCAUUGAUCACCGACAAGUCUCUGUUUAAGCGUACGGCAACAGCGUGUAUGGUUAUGGUGUUCCAACAAUGGAAUGGCAUUAAUGCAAUUAACUACUAUGCACCAUUCAUCUUCAAGGAGAUGCAUCUAGGUGGUAAUACAAUCUCGCUACUUGCCACUGGUGUUGUUGGAAUUUUUGAAUUCGUUUUCACCAUCCCUGCCGUUCUGUGGGUUGACAAGGUUGGACGAAAGAAGAUCCUAAUUGCUGGUGCAAUUGGAAUGGCAUCCUGCCACUUCAUUGUCGCGGGUAUCAUUGGGGCAUACCAGGGUAGCUUCGAAGAGCACCAAGCUGCUGGUUGGGUUGCUAUUGUCUUUGUUUGGAUUUUCAUCAUCAACUUCGCCUACUCAUGGGGACCUGUUGCAUGGAUUGUUACUUCCGAAGUGUUCCCACUCAGUAUGCGUGCCAAGGGCGUCAGUAUUGGUGGUAGCAGUAACUGGUUGAACAACUUUGCAGUUGGUACUGCUACAUCUCCUUUCCUCCAAAAAAGCAACUUUGGUGCAUUCAUCUUUUUCGGAUGCAUCACGACCAUCGGUGUGCUCUAUGUCAUUUUCUUUGUACCCGAAACCAAAGGUCGCACUCUGGAGGAGAUGGACGAAUUGUUCGGAUCGGUCGGGCUGGCAGCUGCGGAUUCUGGACGCAAGGAACGAAUUGAACGAGAAAUUGGGCUUCUCGCCCUUGUCGGCGCAGAGCCUGCUGGUGAGAAAUCUCCCGAGGCUGUGAUGGAUGAGAAUAAGGUCGAGGUGUCGAGGCACGAGAAUGUCGUGCCUACCCUGAAGAAUUAA